CAGACCACCACUAUCGUACCUAACAAAGUGUUAUAAAAUAUUAUCGUUUUUCAAAUUGUAUUGUGUAAUAGUUUUAUUUUUUGUUCAAAACAACGAUCUGAAUUCAAAUCAAAUCCCUGGUGGUGAAAAUGGAUCCUCAGUUUUGGGACAUAUUGCGUCAGGGCAUUUGGGCAUCGUUCACAGGAGGAUGGUACUACGAACCGAAACACAGCAUUUUUACCAAUACAUUCCAUCUUUAUUUAUGGCUUAUUUUACUCUGUUUACCAUUUUUUAUACAUUUGUUUAAAUCAGAGAUGUUUAUAUGGAUACUGUAUUCAAGUAUUGUAUGUUUGAUAAUCACAAUCAUAAAACUUGUAAACUGGUCUUUGCAUCAUAUGUUUGACACAACCGAAUACAUUGUAGAAGACACAAAAAAGAAUAGAAGUUCAGAACUUGAAGGUGACCAUUCUGCACUUAGAGAACCUAACACGGAAGAUGAAGGUAUUGAAAUGCAGAUCCUUAAUUUGGGGGUCUGUAGAAAUGGCGCAUCGACAUCUGGAGACCAUAAAAAUAAACCAAAUGGAGAAAGGCAAAGUAGUUCUACUAGCACUGAUUCUGAAUUACAUAUCCAAGAAAAAAUUAUACGUGAUUGGCCUAUUAAAAGUUUAAAUAAUCCACAUUUUAUUGAUGAUAGACCAGUAGAAGAAAAUAGUAAUAGACGUAAUGACCGUGCGGCUUUACAAAACUUUUCAGAAAUAUGGAAAUCACAAGAGGAACGAGGCCAAGACUUCAUUACAGUAUCAUCUGACUGUUUCCCAGAUGAAAAUAAUGCAUUAGCAUUCAAGAGAUAUCCAAAGUGUGCUAGUUCAGUCUAUUCUACAUCUAGUGAUGCGUUUGCCAAAGAUAAAGAAAUAGAGUUACAGUCAGUUGAAGAAAGCUUAGAACACGAACAUGAAAAUAUCAGACCACACUAUAAAGAUGAGUUUCCAGUAAUACCACAGCAGUUACGAUUUGAUCUUCUGGAUCCUAGUGUUGGAUUCCCUAAACCUAAACGAUACUAUACGUACACACCAGUCAAAAAAAUAAGUUUCAAAGUUCACUUUGAUCGUCUGGCAUUAUUAACUGUCAUUGAUCGUAAUCCAACAUUAUGGGAACUAUUUAUUACCAUUAUUCUUGCUAUAUCAGUUGCUGUGUUAGGUGCUUUUGUAUUGUACUUAAAAUUCUACAGAGAUAUUCAUGCAUUUGUUUUCUGUUUUGUUAUGGCUGGCUGUCAGUAUUCCUUAGUUAAAUCUGUACAACCUGAUGUUGCAUCUCCUACACAUGGAUUUAACAAAAUUGUAGUGUAUAGUCGCCCAAUUUACUUCAUACUAUUCUCAUCCAUACUUCUACUAACACACAUUCAACUAAACUCUGGCCGAACAUUUUACCAACUCAAAUUCUAUGGAUUCACUUUGCAUAUUUUAUAUACAUUAAAAACUAUUCAUGAUUUCUUAUCAAACUUUUUACUAUUUUUACCAAUUGCUUUUAGUUUGGGAUUAUUACCUCAAGUUAAUACUUUUUUUUUGUAUACUCUGGAACAAAUUGAUAUACAUUUAUUCGGAGGUAACGCGACUAGUUCACUCAAAGCAUCAGCAUAUUGUGUAUUAAAAAGUUGCUUAGCUGUGUUUAUUUUAUAUGGAUUUGCGUAUAUGGCAUUAAAUGAUUGGCUUGGAUCAUCAAGAAAGGUGUUUUUCUCCUUGUUCUGCGCAUUGCUCACUGCUAUAUCUUACCAUUUAAGUCGCAGCUCCAGUGAUCAAGAUCCUAUAUUAAAUGUUCUAAAAACAUAUUUGUGGCCCAAUGAAGAUAUAUUUUCUAGGCCUGAUAUGGAAUGUCCUAGGCCAAAAAAAGAAACUGAAAAAUCAAAGAAAAAAGGCUCUGAACAAAAAGAAGGUGAAUGUGAAGAACAAUCAAAUUCUGAAUUAGAUGAUGAAAUUGAAAUUCAAGACAACUGGCCAAGACAGUUACAAGAUACAAUAAAUGCAAGACUGAAGACAGAUUUAAUUUUUUGUCCAAUUAUUGGUCUUAUUGUUUUUGCUAUUCAUUCUAGCAAUAUUUUUUCAGCUUUACAACCAGAAUUAAAUCCAGUAAUGUGGUGUACUACUUUCAGUAUUGGAUUUAUUCUACACUAUAUAAUACCUCAAUUGCGAAAGCAGUUACCUUGGUUGUGUGUUGCUCAUCCCAUAUUAAAGCCAUCUGAGUAUAAUCAAUAUGAAGUUAAGCAAUUAGCUAAAAUUAUGUGGUUUGAAAAAGUCUAUGUAUACUUAGGCUUCUUUGAAAGAAAUGUUCUCUAUCCACUGAUGUUUAUUGGCUGUUUGACAUCUGACAACAUGAUUGUUGUAACAAAACUGGGAGUUCUAUUAGGUUCCUUGGUGUUAUCAGUAUGCGCACUUAAAUGCUUACGAUGUUCAUUUUCACAACAGUCCAACCAGUACAAUAUACUAGCAUUUACAGUACUGUUUUUUCAAUUGGAUUAUGUAAAAUGUUCUGAAACUUUCAUUAUUGACUACUAUCUCAUGGCUAUUGCCUAUGAUAAAAUCUAUGAGUUUUUACUUAAGUUGCAAUUUGUCAUUACAUACAUAGCGCCAUGGCAAAUUACUUGGGGUUCAGUUUUUCAUGCUCUUGCUCAACCAUUUUCUAUUCCUCAUUCUGCAAUGAUGUUUCUUCAAGUAUUUUUUUCUGCAGUGGUUUCUUCGCCACUUUAUCCAUUUUUAGGAAGCACUAUAUUUGUAACAUCCUAUCCACGACCCGUAAAGUUUUGGGAGCAAGAUUAUAAUACCAGACGAGUUGAUCAUACGAACACCAAAUUGUCAUCACAUUUAGAACCAAAUCUUGGUGCAGAUGAUAAUCUUAAUUCAAUAUUUUAUGAACACCUCACCAGAUUACUACAACAUACUCUCUGUGGUGAUCUCAUAUUAGGCCGUUGGGGUAAUGUGUCACAAGGUGACUGUUUUGUCUUAGCAUCUGAUUAUUUGAAUUGUCUUGUUCACAUUGUGGAAAUGGGAAACAAUUUAGUUACUUUUCAAAUACGUGGACUUGAGUUUCACGGUACUUAUUGCCAGCAAAGAGAAGUAGAAGCGAUAUCUGAAGGUGUUGAAGAUAAUGAAGGAUGUUGUUGCUGUGAGCCUGGACAUUUUCUUCACAUUUUGUCUUUAAACGCGGCACUUGGUCAACGGUGGCUUGCUUGGCAAGUAGUAUCAGCCAAAUAUGUUGUCCAAGGAUAUAGUAUAUCAGAUAUUAAUGCCUCAUCAAUAUUACGAGCAUUUGAGUUUCGGAAAGUGUUGGUUAGCUAUUAUAUAAAGAGUAUUAUAUAUUAUGCAAUAAAAUCACCAAAACUUCAACAGUGGUUAGAAUCAGAUGAGAUAAAAGAAGGAGUGAAAACAACAUUAAGCAAGAAUUUUGUGGAUCUUGACCCAGUUUUUAAUAUAAAUAUUGAUGAAGACUUUGACUUACCUUCAUGUGGUGUUACCCGCAACAGUUUCUGUUCAUUAUAUUUAGAGUGGAUACGAUUUUGUGCUGUCCAAACAGAAAAUAUUCGAAAAAUUGUUAUAGAUAAAGGUACAGAUUCAUUAUUGGUAUCAUUAUGCUUUGCACUCAGCUUACUGGGAAGACGAUCACUGGGUUUAGCAUCACACACUUCUAUAUCAAGUAUGGAGUUUUUCCUUUAUGGUCUCCAUGCGCUUUUUAAAGGAGAUUUUCGUAUAACAUCAACAAAAGAUGAGUGGAUAUUUACAGAUAUGGACUUAAUUCGUAAAGUAUUAACUCCAGCAAUUAGGAUGUCGAUGAAACUUCUUCAGAAUCAUUUUAUGGUUCCUGAUGAAUAUGAAGAUCCAGCUGCUUUGUACAGCGCUAUAAACUACCAUCAACAAAACUUAGUGAUAUUAGAUGAAAGAGAUCCUGUUUGGAGAAAUGCUGUUUUAUCUGGAAUGCCUUCAUUACUUGCUCUAAGACAUACUAUUAUAGACGAAGGUUCUGAUGAGUAUAAAGUAAUUAUGUUAAACAAACGGUUUUUAAGUUUCCGUGUCAUAAAAAUAAACCGUGAAUGUGUUCGUGGUCUUUGGGCUGGACAACAACAGGAAUUAGUUUACCUAAGAAAUCGUAAUCCUGAACGUGGUAGUAUACAAAAUGCCAAGCAAGCUCUAAGAAACAUAAUAAAUUCAUCGUGUGAUCAACCUAUUGGUUAUCCAAUUUUUGUUUCACCAUUAACUACUUCCUAUGCUGAAACCAACGAACAAUUAUCAUCCCUUGUAGGCGGAUCAAUAAGCUUGGGAGAGAUAAAAAAAUCUAUCAUUAGAGUAUGGUCAAGAUUUUUGUUACAGUCACAUGAUGAAGGUGGAUUCGGACAUGAGGGUGUGUACACUAUGCCCCAGUUUAAUAGACAUUCAGGAUAUGACACCAGAACAGCAGUAGAUCAGUCUAUUGAAAUGAGUGGAAUUGGAAGUGGAGUGGGUAGUAGCAUCAGCAGCAGAAGCGGUGGUACUGCUAAUGUUGCUGAAAAUUCAAGUUCUGCCAGUUUGGCCAACUUGGCAGGACUGUUAUCGUCGUCACAGUCACCAAUCACCAGUUCAUCACAAGAAUCUGUCAAUAGCAACCCUAUUGAUAUUUCUCCGAUGCAUCACAAAGUUAUAAUUACGGAACCAUUACAAGUAUACGAUGCUAUAAACUUGGGCCGUAGAAUAGAUGUGGUUUGGCCAAAUGAAAAAAUGUGAACAAGUGGUGGCCAGAGUUACUGGAACGAUUGGUUACCAGAAAAGGGAAUGGAAGGAUUGGUAAUGCAUUGCAUUUAUGCUAUAGGUGGUGCAUAUGUGGAUUCCAAAUUACCGUGAAUUGUCAAAGAGAUCUCACGUUGAUAAAACUAUAGUACUGCUCAAGAUUGACGAGCCUUCAUAACGUUACGUGCCUAUAGCUGAAACCGAUAUACUAUUAGAUUUAGGACCUGAAGUUGUUUGAACAUUUUUGGUAUAUGCCUUACAUUAUUUGAAUGAUUUGUUUUAGAGGUAAUUUUAAAACUAAAAUGUUAACAUAUAAAACUUACUUGAUAAUAUUGCAUUAGUCUUCCUCGAUACUACAAAAAUAGUAUUCCGUCUCCUUGUUAAUGCACAAGUAUAUAUUCAAUAUUUUGUCUUGUAAUA